AUGCCGCCCCUGAUCUUACAUAAUGUUCCAGAGGACGAGCUUUUCACUGGCGACGACGGUGUUACUAGACCAUAUGGCAUGUACUAUCCUGGCAACGAUGGCAACCCAACCGUAUCGCGCGUGCGCAGGACGGUCCCUGAAACAGGCUCUUUUGGAAAAUCAACCAGGCGCUCGAGAUCGAGGACAGGCACACCCGCAGCAAAACGAGAGGAUCCUACAUUGGUAGCCGCCGACGCGAUCUUCUCCCAGUUCUUCGCCCAAAAAGCUACCGAACUGCCGGAACUACCUCAGCGCAAAACCUCGCUCUCGGCCUCGAUCUCCCAACCAAAUCUCAGCUCUGGAGCACCCCUGGCGCAAAUCGAUGGAAAUGCAGGACCUUCGCGCUUCUCGAAGAAGGAACCUCACAAGGAACCUACGGAAGUCAUCUUAAGGGGAUUCGACUCGACGCAGCAAUAUGCUGUUAUCAGGGAGUACGAAAAUCUAGCUGGACGGAUCUGCGAAGAUUACCCUCGGGACGCACCCAUCGAGCAACGGCGAUACAAAACUGACCUCCGAGACCAAGCCUCCCUUCGCCGGAAACCCUUGACCAUGGAGGAGAAGGCCAAAGCGUUGAAGUUCGCAGGAGGAGAGCACUGGAUCAAAGUCACUUUCGAGUCCGCAGAAGCAGCAGAAAUCGCCGUAGAGUCGUCACCACAGAAUAUUAUGGGCCACCUGGUCUACGCUGAGCUCUACCGGGGCGUACCACCAACAUCAGACGAACCGGUCACUAUAACAGGCGGAGGGAAUUCGCGGACACCAGGGGGAAGCAGAUACCAAGCGCAAAGUCUGGGUACGACAUCAGGCUUUAACGCCAGCUCGGCCAGACGUCCAUUCUCUAACCUCCCUCUAUCACAAACUGCACUCGAAAUGCGCGAGGUUAGCUCUUCCUCGUCCACAGGCUCGCACACAUCCUCUCAAACCAUGGACACCGGUACCAUAGCCUCCUCUUUCUCAUCCGGCACAGUAAUCGGGCAGCUAGCCAGCGACCAAGAAACUGGCGACCUCCUCUACUGCCGCAAAAUCCCCACAGCCAAACGCAUGCAACUCCUUCCUGCCGAGAACGCUUACCUGCCGCAGCAAUCUAUGACGAAGAAAGUUGUUUCCAGCAUCCCUCUCAUCGGGUGGCUGACUGAAGAUAUCUUUGGCAGCGUGAUCCCCAGGACUGAUCAGGGGGAGUUUGAUUGGGCGCGUGCUAAUUUCUACUGGAGGGUGAUAUUCUUCCUCAAUUUCUUUGACUGGAUGGGGAUUGAGAAGGAGAACCAGGAGUAA